CAACCGGUGUUCCGCAUUCUGAUUCGCUGUUACAGUCACGUGGCUUGGCAGCCAUUUAUAAUACUAGUGACAUACUUCUAUUUCAUUUUAUCCUACAAUUCUAUCUCACAUUAUCUUACACGUUCUAUCCUAGGCAAAUGAAAGUUUUAUGUUACCAUUUUUUAUGCCGAUAUGGUAAAAAGAUGCUCAGCUCCGGACUGUCCGAUAAAUGCAGGACAGAAAAUUUAUAUGCCAUAUUUUCUCAAGGAUUCUAAGUACCGUGAAAUAUGGAAAAAAAGAGUUAAUCGAGGUCCAAAUUGGUCUCCUGGCAAGACUGGAGUUCUUUGUGAAUUUCAUUUUGAAGAAGAUCAAUUUGAACAAAUGAGAGUUGAUGGGAAGAAAAAAUUAAAAUCACAUGCUGUGCCUAGUAAAUUU